AUGUUUUAAGCAGAAGAAAAAACCUUAUCAGAACAAGUAUGUUUUAAAUAUUAAUUAGUAAUUAAUUCUACAUCUGAUCCAUUAAAAUGAUUAUGAUACUCUUAAAGAAUUGGGUAUAAAUAAAGGUAAUAAUAAUUUGAGUUUCAAAUAGCAAAUAUUAAUUUCUUGGAAUCAUUUAAUGAGAUUGAAGUAGAUUAAAAAAUAUCACCUUUGAUUUGUGCAUGUUAUUUGGGAAGACUUGAGAUAGUGAAAUUGUUGCUUUCUAAUACAUAAGUUGAUGUUGAUUUAGCAAGUAUGGAUUCAGGAUAAACUCCAUUAUCAAUUGCAGCAAUGACAGGAAAUUAUGAAAUUCUAAAAAUACUACUUGAUGCUGGAGCUGAAGUUAACAAACCUAAUACAUUUAAUUAAACUGCUUUUAUAAUGUGCUUUGCACGAUUAGAAGAAGUACUUUUACAUACUAUUAUAUAUUUCAAAAGGAAAAAAAUGUUUUUGAAAAUCGAAAAAUUUGUUUCAAAAUGGCUGAACUCUUACUUCAUUAUGGAGCAGACAUAAAUUGGAUUGUCGAUAAAACUCAUGGAUUCAAUCUUUUAAUGUAGUUAUGUUNA